CUGUUGUGUGUGCGUGUGUGUGUACACACAUUGUAAAAUCCCUAGACCCUUGAAUAUACUGUAGUACUACUAUUGUUAUAAAAUGCAUGAUUGAUAUGUAUACUGUUAAAAAGAAUAAGUGAAAACGAAACUCUCUACGCGCGGUGUAAACUUCUCAUUUUGAAAGUACCGAAGUUAGGCUGCAGGGCCGGGUGAAGCUGGUUUUGUUCUGCGCCAGGUAGACGGAAAGUGGUAAAAUAAGGCAUUCACAGUUCAUUUGACGCUGUUUUCGGCUGGAUAAAAUAUAUCCAUCAUGUUGUGGGUCAUUUUUGUGUCGUUUCUCUGUGUUUUUGAGACGGUCAGCUCCGAAACCUACAGUCUGAAGUAUAUCUACACAGCCAUAUCCAAACCCCAGGAAGGGUUUCCUGAAUUCAUAGCCAUGGGUCUGCUGGAUGACAUGCAGAUUGAUUACUACGACAGCAUCAAUCAAGUGAAAGAGUCCAGGCAGACCUGGAUGAAGGAAAAGAUGGAAGCAGACAACUGGAAGAAAGGAACGAAGUCUCGCAAGAGCAAGGAGCAGUGGUUCAAAGUCAACGUCAGGAUUCUGGAGAAAAGGUUCAACGAAACACAAAGCCCACGCGUUCUGCAGUGGAUGCACAGCUGCACGCUGGACGAGGACAACAAUGCAGAGGUGCAGGGGUACGACCAGUACAGCUACGAUGGGAGGGACGUCUAUAAAGAGGUAUACAAGCCUGUAGUAACAGUUUUUGCGAAGCCAGUCAAAGGUAAAAAUACCCUAACUCUCACCUGCAUGGCUACGGGCUUCUACCCCAAGACAAUCCACAUUCACUGGAACAAGGACAGGCAGAGGCUGGGUGAGGAGAGGAAUUCCACUUGGGCCCUGCCUAACAACGACAACACCUUCCAGCUGAGAUCGAGUUUGGAGAUCGACCCAGAGGAGGGCGUGGGAUACUCCUGUGAAGUGCUACACCACAGCUUACCAGAACCGCUCUUCACACCCUGGGAUGGAGUCGUGCCGGGUGCGAGGACCUCGAAUGGGAUUGUGGUUUGGGUUGGGAUUUUCGUUCCGAUUGGUCUUGCCGCUGCUGCUGCAGGGGUCUGCGUCUUUAUCUACAAGAGGAGAUCAGAUAAGAGACAGAAAUAGAAGGAAGGGAGAGAAAAACAGAUUGAUCAACAGACAAAGAGGAAAAAAGAACACAGACUGACCCAGUACAAAAAAAAAAUUGUAAUAACAAUACCCAUUCGGAUUUCAGAGAUGAGAAAAAGACACUAACAGGGUAGCCGUGUACGUGCAUUCGCUGCUUCCUGACAGGCAGGAGAUCGAGAUGGAGGCUAUAGGUGAUUCGCCCCUCAGGCAAACAGGAUGACAUACAGACAGAACAGCUCACGUGACACUGCCAGCAAUGGUAGUACAUGCAAAAAACAAAAACACUGCAAACAAAACUACGAACUCAAAGGUGGUGUGAAAAUGGCGUGUGCUGCUCCUGAUAAAUGGAGGUCCUGCUUAUUCACCUCUCUGUACUUUAGUGGGACCUACAAUCCCCAGACCUUAACGCUGGUUCACACACACACAGCUGUCGGCGAAUUUCAGCUUUUUAUCCGUUCUGAUCCCGGGUCACGUUUUUUAAAAUUUUUUUUUUUUUUUUUUUAGAUUAUACUUAACA